CCCCUCCCACUCCUACGUCUCCGCCUCGGAGAUCCGCUUCUGCGUGUAGCUGCAGGAAGCCUCCGGCCUCCGAGGAGCAUGGACGAGGCGGCAGAUUGGCUCGUGGACUCUCUGCGCUUGUAUCACGAUCUCCAUGCGUUUGAGUUGCCAGGCCCUACCAGAGUCCUGGAGUGGACUGAUAACCAAGGAGUCUAUGUUGCGGGCUGUGAAAGUCAGAAAAAAAAUGAAAUUCUGCAUCUUCUUUUACCUCCCAAACUUUCUGCUGAAAACCAGGGCUUAUGCCCAGAAAGAGAUUUCAGGGUGAAACAUGGGGGAUUUUCAGACAAACCUGUCUACAACCUGAAGCAUGUGCCAGAGACCAGGUUGCUGGUCACUACUGGCCCGCCCGGCAAUUCUCUACAGGUGUGGCAGGUUGCAGAAGAUAGCGAUAUGAUUAAAGCUGUAAGUACCAUUGCUAUACAUGAGGCAAAAAGUAACCUCUGGCCUAGGAUUGCAGUCCUCGUCUCUAAGGUCCCCAAAGUCCUCCAUGGGACCAGGGUCAAUGAUCUGCAUGUUACUGAGCUGGAGUCCCAGAACACACUCUACAUGUCAGGUGAGAGUGACAGUGAAGAAGAGAUAAGCAGUCUGCAGGUGUUGGAUGCAGAUACCUUUGUCUUCUGUUGUGCUUCAGGACGACUGGGGUUUGUGGACAUUCGCCAGAAAUGGGGUGACUCAGGGAGGACUACCUCGAGCCCUGGACCUGGUGGGGAGUUGUGGUGUGCUGCAGUUCGAACCAGUGGGCUGGGGUCAGGCCCCACCAUUGCCAGUUUGUCUUCAAAUGGGCAGCUUCAGCUCACAGACUUAAGGGACCUUGACCAUCCAGUUUCAACAGUGCAGUGUCGGGUUUCUAAGCCCAGUCCAGACUGGGAGUUGCUGACGGUAACCUGGGCUCCUUCUCUAGAUGGCUGCUUAGCCAUUUCAGGUUUUGAUGGGACUGUCCAGAUCUAUGAUACCAUGUCCUGGGAGAAAAAUGGAAGCCAUGUAGAACCACUCUUUAUCCAUAAAGGACAUCUUUUCAUGGAUGGGACUGAGAACAGCAUGCAUUCAAUGGUCACCACACAUUCUUGGCACCCCAGCAAACCAAGGACAUUGUUGUCUGCAGCAGUUGAUGCAUCUUUGCAUGUGUGGGAUUGGAUAGAUCCUUGUAACUCAUGUUGACUCCAUUCAAAGGAAGGAACAGGCCCAAACAUUCCCAGGUUUCUAUGUUGUAGAGAAUGAAACGGAAGACUUGUAAACCUUAUUCUUCAUAUAAGGAGCAAGUAUUCUAAGACCUUUUUGGCUGCUAUAUGGGGAUUGGUUUAUUUUUUCUUAAAAUUAAGGCAGGAUAGUGUUUUACAUGGCACUGCUAGGAAAUUAGAGGCUCAAAACCUAUGUGUCUGUCCCCGACUUUUGGCCUUAUAAGAUUAGUAGCAUGCAAGUAUACAGUAACUGAAUGUAAAUCCUUGUACUUUUAGGGUCUACUGUAGGAGUAUUAUAUGUUCAUGCAUCUGGAAGAGAUGCACUCUCAUCCAGCUUUCAGGUGCCACCAUUCCUCUCUUCCCAAGCCUCUGGUUGGGUACCACCCCACAAUACCCUCUCUUUACCAUAUGCCCUUCCUCUGGCUUGCAAGGAUUCCCUAGUCUAGGUCAGGCACUUAUCAUUUUACCCCUCUAUGAUCUGUUGGUGCUAUGAUCUAUGAUGGUGCUACGAUAAGUUGCUCUUGUCACAUUACUUUGAAAGCUCUGUUAUUUCAUUAGUAUGGGUCCUCCUGCCACUGAUUACACCUCUCUUGGCCUUUUAUUCUUGUAAUUAUUGUGUAAUUCUUUCCCCUGUUUUCCUUAAUGUGUCCCACAGAGUAUCUGACAUGUUGAAGGCCUUCCUUUUUCUAUUUCAGGGAUAAUUAUUGUACCACUUGGCAUUGUUCAUCUCUUUCUUAGUUUCUGUUAUAAUUAUAUAUGACAGGCCAUUUUUAGUAUACAAAUAAUUGUAAGUAACUGAAGUUGAUUACCUACAUUGUAUCUUUCUGUUUCUCUAGGUGUAAUUAUUCUGAGGGUGUUUUUUUUUUUUUUUUUUUAGCAUGCAAAGUUUCUGUCCCCAUGGACUUCAGAAAUUUCCCUGUAUGAAGCAAAUUUCAUUUUGGAAUUGUUAAAGUGUUUGUGAAUUUACUAAUAGUCCUGAAAGAUUUUUUGACCAAUUCAAAUUGUUUAAUUCCCAAACCUUUAAACUAGGGAAUCUGUAUUUAUUUUAUUCUAAGCUUUCUUUCAUCUUGUUUUUUUGGUUUAAAUGACUCCUAAUGGAAAUAAUCUCUAAGGAGAAUCAACCCCUCCCAAAAAAAAUUCCAAGGAAAAACUUUUAGGGAAAUAAUGGCACACUAGUGACAGAUCUAAGGACUCGCAGAUCUCUUACAAUUCAUCAUGAAUGCAUCAAACAAUUGUUUGCCACAGGGAAAAAAAUUAUUUGUUGGAUUGGAUUUUCCUCUUCCUUUUGGCCAUUGCUUUUUGAAUAUAUAUACAUACAUAAUUAAAAAAUUUU